ACAUCUCCAGUCAAUCACACACCCCUCCACAUCUUCCUCAUCAACAUGUCUGUUGCCAGCGACAAGUUCCCCGCUUCGGCCGUCUUUGACGCGCUCAACUCCAUCCUGGCCGACCCGGAAACCAAGAAGGAUGCCAUGAAGACCGGCAAGGGCGUUUACGCCUUCACCCUGAAGAACGCUGCAGGCGAGACUGAGAGCUGGCACAUUGACCUCGUGGAGAAGGGUGAGGUUGGCAAGGGUCUCGGCAACAAGCCCAAUGUUACUCUGGCCAUGAACGACGAGGACCUGGCUGCUAUGGCUAUGGGCCAGGCCAACGCUCAGAAGCUCUUCAUGAGCGGGAAGCUCAAGAUCAAGGGUGACAUCAUGAGGGCAACCAAGCUGGAUGGCAUCAUGAAGAAGGCCCAGACCAAGGCGAACUUGUAA